UUUCUGUUUUUUUUUCGUAAGAGCUUGGAGAUGACAUUUUCGAUGCAUUCAUAAUAUUAUUUCAUUUUUCGAAUCAUUUUUGACUACGGGUAGACAACAUGCGUACACAUACGCAGAGUACUUAUAUGCCUCGUUCGUACACACGCAACUCACGCAUGCUAUUUUUAUCGUUUAGUAUCGUGCUUCCAAAAUUACGACUGACCCGAAUUACUAAUAUCCGACAUUCUUAUUAAAAGUUACGACAAAGGUUAUCACACACACACUCUUGAACGUAAUGUUCUAUAAUCGAAAUUGAAAUUCGCGCUUUUACAGACGACAGAAUUCGAAAACGGCCCGCGAACUUUUUGAACCGUCUCUCUCCGUUAUCUUUUAUUUCCGCGCGUAGAGGUUAAGCGAUACACGGCAGAGGUGCGUAGGUUAAGUUUAUGUCAAAGAUAGCAUCGUGCACGAUAAAAUAUAUUUAGUGGUAUUUGACUGUCUUGUUUUCGUUAUUAUUGCUUCGAAAUGUCUUUUCAACAAGCCACGACAGAUAACGGAGCCGUACUUUCAGGCGUUUAUUACUUUGCUGGGGAAUCAGUGUCACGAUCUUUUUUAUAUUGCUACACAUGAAAUUAUGACGUGAUUCAGCAUAUUUUUUGUGGUUUCGCAUCGAAAACUAACCCUUUUAUCGACAAGGGUUAAAUGACGGUCAAUCGAUGGAAAAUUACCCACUCCGUACGAGCAUAAAAUAUGUAUGCGCGUAUUCUACUUCGUACAAAGAUCGAUAUAUGAACAACGGUAUAUUUAUUCUUUUCAAUAAUAAAUCGAGAAAAUCGGUAAGGUCACUUCUUGUUUCGAUAAUUUAUUAAACCGUCAGGCACAAAGUUUCUAGUUUAUACAAUAUUCGUUUAUUGAACCGCUUUUUCGAUGUAAACGUGUUGAAAUUCUUGACGGAUAAACGUUUGGAAAUGAAUCAUCGUUGUAAACCGUGGUUAACAAUAAGCGAGAAGCAAAAACACACUGGCUAAAAGUUCUGGCUCCGACGCGUUCGUACUUGUCGAGGAACCGAAUGGUGAAAGGUAUAACCGGUUUUUUAGCAGAUGGCGGAUUACAUAAAGAAAAAAAAAGGAAAAAAUAUACAAAGAGUAGCGUGUGAUUUAUUAUGCGACCUUCGACCGGUUUCAUUUCUGCUAAACGUAAAACGCCAUCAUUAAUUUUUUAGGUCGCUCGAUUAUCGUAAUAGUAACGCGAUAUACGGAAAAGCAAGCGAAAUACGUACCCAGAUAAUUCAUCGAUUUUCUCGCGUCUCCAACCUAGAUCAACGUAGCAUUAUCAGUCGCAUAUAUAUUUGUAAUCGAUUUGUAGAAUCGAUUAAGUUCGUGUGGAAUAUUACGAUGAUUAAUAGAAAUCAUAAUCUCCGAUAGAGAGGAACCAUGAGAAAAAUAGAGAUAGAGAGACAAGAACGAAGGAAUUAAGAGGAGUGGGAGAAGGAAGAAGAGAAGGAAAAAGAAGCAACCUUUUAGUAGAAAUACGUUCCUGUAUAAAAAGAAGCAAGAUCCUUUCGAUGACAAACCCGGUCGUUCAUGAAUACAAGCGCACGAGCGCAGUGCAAGCGCACGAGUGCAGGAACGUAGGAGUGUUGAGUACGCGCGCGCAUACAUGCGAUUCAGUACGACGUCGACCGUUCUCGUGGUAGCAGCUGACGCGAUUCCGACUUCGCGUGGAAACGCGACAACUAUAAUCGAAACGCCAGGACUUGGCAAUUUGGCUCGCGAUCAUCCGAUACGCGAUUUUGCUUCUUUCUAACAAUCAGGUAGCAUGUUGCAGAAUUCGUGCAAUGUUAACAAUCGCCAAUGAUAAAGAAAGUACAACCGUGCAGAGCGCUCGCGUUUAUCGGGACCCCAAACGAUACGAUAAGACUCUCGUAACACUAUCAUCCUUUGUUGACAUAUGACAGUUUUAUAAACUUUUUUCAAAUGAAUCGUUGUGUAGCGAUGAUCUCAGGCUGUGCGGUAGAUCGUCGAACCGACAUAAUCGAUUGUCAAUGCAAACAGACAGCUGAGUGUACACACGUAAUACUUGAGUGGGUUCAGUAGAAUUGUUAAAUAUCAGAAUCGUGACUCGACGCGUUGUAUGCGACGAUGACAAUGAGUUGCAUGAUUGUAGAAAAAACGACUCGCGUAAUGACUCGUAUCGCGUUACGACGCUUCAGGCGUAUCACACGCCUCCGUUUGCGACCUCCAAACGGCAGCGAUCCCAUCGGUAAAACGCUUGAAUUUAUCAGGAAAAUGUUCGCGUACCGAUCACGAUACGAUUCGUUUAUUUACAAUUCCAAUGAAUCACAAUACGUUCUCCCUGUGAAUGCAAAGGGGGGAGAGAGAAAGGAGAGAGGGAGCAGAUCGUAACUCGCAGAAUCGAAGGCAUGCUUGGCAGAAUCGCUAGUGUGCGCGAAGGGAUGUGACGCUAUCGUCCCGCAACUCGGAAACUGCUAUUUUGUGUGAAAGAAUCUUUGGAAUCGUUGAGCGGUCGAACAAACAUCCGAGAAUAACGUGUGUCGGAGGAACGAUGCAAAAUCGUUACGACGACGACGAUGAUAACGUCGUCUAUAAGGAUGUGGUCAUUAUAGGGAACGGACCUAGUGGAAUAUGCCUUUCGUAUAUGCUGGCUGGAAACUGGCCCUAUUACACGGGCGAGCCGCAUCCUGGGGACGAGAUGCUGACCGCGAGGUUGCACUUCAGCACGCGACCCGGGAACGGAGAAUGUUACGAGGAAGAGGAGGAGCAGGCGGAUGAAGAAGAGAAGGACGUAGGAAAGAAAGAAAAUAUCAAUGAUCGAUGGCGACAACGAAAUGGAAGAUCCGAUGGAUCUUUUUGCGCGGCAAAGAGUCAGGGAAGGGGUUUGGCGCGCAGCACUCGCUGCAAACUGGAAUGCCUGUCCUCUGGUCUCGAAGGGAGAGUCGGUGGUCGACCUUUGGCCCUUCUGAUGGACCAGUUGCAGCAUCCCUGCGUGGACGCAGGUCUCGACGUGCCUUCUCUCCUCACUUGGAAGUCGGUCGAGCAACAUCCUGAGCACAAAGUGAUAGACCACGUGGUUCUGGGCAAAGACGAGCCCGGUGGUUCAUGGCAGUCGAUGGAUCCAAACGUGUUGACCAUCAGCUUGAACCGAUGGAUGUCGUUGCCCGAUUUAGACAUAAGGCAAUGGGAGACGUUGAUCGAGUCUGAGCAGUUUCGGCAAACGACCUCGACCCUCGACGAACCGUGCCCGCAUGCGUUCCAAGAGAGAUCGAGCGCGUGUAAAACGGCUAGCAGAAUUUCCGUCGGCACAGUAGCUGCCUACUAUCGAGACUACGUGCGUAGGAAAGGAUUGGAACGAUACUUUCGGUGUGGGACCAUCGUCACUUCGGUGAGACCAGUUCGCGGGACGCACGCCAACGAAAAUUACGGAUGGAUAGUGGAAGGUUACGAAAAGAACACCGGAAAGUCGUUCCGGUAUCGGUGCAAAAGAGCGGUCCUCGCCACUGGCACAACCGACCUGUCGAAUCGACUGGGAAUACACGAUGAAGAUUUACAACCUGAUUGGAUAACGCACGAUCUGAACGACGUGGAGUCGAGGCUGGAUCGUUUGAUCGAGCAGCAUCAUGGUGACAAAUUGGAAGACCAAGUGGAUCCCGUGCUGGUAAUCGGUGGAGGAUUAACCGCAGCGGAUGCGAUAAUGGCCGCGCGGUUUCGCGGUAUUCCCGUAUUACACGCAUUCCGAGACUCGUCAAACGAAUGGAAUAAACCGGAUACCAAGAAGAUACACAAUGCGUAUGAAAAACUGCAGGGACUUCCCAGUUCCAUGUAUCCAGAGUAUCAUAAGGUUUACGAGAUGAUGGCUGACGGGGGUACCAAUUAUCCUCUGUACAAAGCGCUACCAGGAUACUCGCUAGUCAAAUUUACCUCGCGUGGAAGCGACGACGUCAUCGACGUAAUGGAAACCGAUGAUCGGACAGUCACCCUUUCGGCUCCCGAUGGACGAUUGUACGCGUUCCGCGUCUCUAUCGUGGCUAUACUCAUCGGAUACAAACCUGACCUGUCCUACUUCGAAAACUGCGCGAUCGGACUUGGAAAGUUUCCUGAUAGACCUAUAGACAGUAAAUCGAAUCCGAUCGAAGUCGACGACUUUACGUAUGAAGUGAUAAAGGCGCCGAGGAACGGUCUUUACGCUUUAGGGCCUCUGGUCGGUGACAACUUUGUACGUUACAUACUGGGUGGAGCGUUUGGAAUUUUAACUCACAUCUUAAGCACGUCUUAUUUGUGAGAUCAGUUUACGGACAAUGCCUUCUGACUCUCUUCUUUGUUAGUUUGUAUUAUUAUUAUACUUAAUAACGGUGUUGAUAGUCGAUCGUAUCCAGUCCUUAAUGGAAAUCGUGUGCACGUUAGUUCAAUUUACCGGAAAUAGUUUUGUAUACUUAUCGAUCGAUACAGUUGUUUCCUCGCACACGUGAGCCAGAUGUACUUUGCUCUUUUUAUAUCGAGAAACAACCGGUAACCAUUUCAAAAUCAAAUUUUUUUUCAAAUACUAUUUAUUUUUCUAAAGCCUAACGAAAUUUUAAUUGCACGAUUUCACCGGAUAUCGUGCGUGUGAUUUCUCGUUCGUAGAUCUAUGUAUACGAACACGUAUAAAUUUGUAUAAACAAUUUCGUAAUGUCGUAAGUAUGAUGUCUAAUACCGGUGUUAUUAAACGAAAAGGAUAAAUAUAAUGAUGAACGAACGGUACGGUACAAUAAAAUUCGUUGGGUUUUAAUAUCAGCAUUUAUCGCAUUCCAUUUAUUAGAAUAAACGUUGUUACGGUAUCCUGUUGCAUUUUAUACCUUACAGACAUCGAAUUGUUCUUUACGUAAAAGUUCUUUAUAAAUUCUAUAAACUCUUCAAUUUUCUUCUAUAGUCUUUUUAUUAACAAACAAUUUGUACAAUUUGUAACGUAGGAUUUUUAUGACGCUCGAUAGAUAUUUACAACGUACACAGAAUACCGCGUACACGCUUGUACGUAUAAUAUAUAUAUAUAUAUAUAUAUAUAUAUAUAUAUGUGUAACAUAUAUACAAGUAGGCAGACAGGGACGUUGUUUAAUUCUUUAGUUCCGAUACGCUUUCUUAAAGUCAAUCUAUAUACACACGUUAGGCGGUUGCGAUUAAAUUACAUAUACAUAGAAUUAGAUGUAUCGCUCAGUCUGUGAUAAAAGGUGCAAUGUUUGAGAAAGAGUUAUCUUGUACUUUUAAGCAUGGAACAUGAAAUUAAGACAUUGUAAAGUAAAAUAUUAUUUAUCUUGAUAUUUGUCAAGAAGUUUUUAAAAUGUUUGUCUAAAAUAUUUACAUUAAUGCUAUAUAAAAUUAUAACAUUUAUAACAUGCAUUUGAUAAAACAUUCUUCGUUUAUUAAAGAAAGAGUAUUGGAAAACCA